GUCAUCAUAUUGUUGUGCUUUCAGUACGAUUUGAAGCAAGUAUAUCAGACAGCUUUGCAGUCCCCGGUCUGACAGUGGAUUCUCCAUCUGGAUACACUCUAGAGAUAGAACUGACAGCUAUUGACUCGCCAAUACCACCUUCAUUACAACCAUUGCUGGAUGUACACUUCUAUGUGAGGUCAACGAGUGGCUGGAUGAAGCGGUUACCUUAUACUAUGACAGAGGUUCAAAGAAGCAGACUCAUGACUGGUGUACCUACAUCUGCUAUUACAGUAGAACUCAGUGUUGACAACUCUGCAGGUA